AUGAAGACGCUGCGAGUUCUAGAUUUCUCAAGUUCCAGCUUUCUAAUUACUCAGCAAGACAUCAGGGCACAUUGGAGACCUGUGCCACUUGAGGUACCUAAAUCUUUGCAAAUCAGUAUUGUGGAUGUUGAAGGCAGCUCUUACCUGGCAAUGAAAGCUCUAGGGAAGCUUACUUGGUUGAAGUACCUAGGAUUGACAGGCCUUACAAAGAAGCUCAGCGCCAAAGUUUCCAUUACCCUGAAAAAGCUCGCCCCUUCCUUGAAAUGCUUGUAUCUUGGAGCAUGUCAAAACAAUGGAACACUCUGCUAUCUGCCCAUGGAGAAGGCAUCCCUGGAGUUCCCAUGCCUCCGCACCAUAAAACUGGAUGAUCUUAUGGAACAGUGCCAGAAUGGAUUUUUCGUUCAAUCACAGUUUCCGUGGUAA